AUGAGGAGUUCUGUGCUCGAGUCCCUACGCCUUGAACUUCACAAGACGGGUGGGCGAUUGGAGCGCAACCUCGUGCCAUUUCUCAAGAAGGAGGUGAAUCAGGCCAUGGGCGGAGUACGCGUGAACAUCCCAAACAAGAGCCGGGGACAAACUCAAGAUCUCCUCGCGUCCGCACGCGUGCUCGUGGCAAGAAUCCCAAAGGUUGACGUCUGCUUGCACUACAGCCUCAAGAACAUGCCAGCAGGGGUACGGCCGUUGAGGGACUUCUUGUUGGAGGCAGCGGACAUGGGCGUUCAGGCCGUUCUCCUCGUGUCGGGCGCCACCAAGCCGAAGCAGGAUGCUGUGCAUUGCCUGCGGGAGCUUGCGGCCGAUGUCUGCGAGAACCAGUUGAAGCUCCCGCGGCUCGGUGUGGCCUUCAGCCCUUUCGAAGAUCCGGCCGUGGAGCAGGACAAGCUGUCCUCGGGCCUGGUGCAAGAAAUUUGGCUACAGAUUGGCUCUGACCUUCUUGCGCUGCGUGCUGGGCUUGAGUUUCUGAGGGAUGCAGCUCCUGGCAUCAAGAUCUACGGCUCCGUGCUUGUGCCAUCACAGAAGCUGCUGAGCAGGUUUCGUGAACGACCGUGGCACGGAGUCGACCUUACCCCGAAUGGCUAUCUCCAGUCCCUGCCGGAUGCAGAGAGGAUCACCAAGCAGAUCUUGCAGCUGUAUUCAGAGUUCGGCGUGCUGCCCCUGGUGGAGAGCCCUGUUGAGAGUUCCGCGGCUUUGCGAAGCGUGACAGCCCUGAUGCAAGAGGCCUGGGGGAGCCAGCAGACGGAGCACGAAGAUGCUCACAAGGCUGAGAAGGCGCAAGCUGCACAACUUCCAGUGGGCACCGAUGAAGUUGACUGUUCCGGCCUGGCCCUGAUGUGGUUUAGGGUUGAUCUGCGGUUGCAUGACAAUCCCGCCUUGAUCGCCGCAGCGCGGCACCCCGAGCUUAUCCCACUGUACAUCGCAUCGGAGGAGGCAGGCGGAGCGGCACAAGUCUGGCUGAGGGAAUCCCUCAAAGCCCUAGCAGCAUCGCUAGAGAGCUUGGGGUCACGGCUCCUGGUGCGUCAGGGAACUGACUUUGAAGCACUGAAGCUUGUGUGCAAGCAGCUCGACGUCCGAGCGGUCUACUUUAAUCGUCGGUACGAGCCUUGGCUGAAGAAGGCCGAUGAGGAGAUUUCCGAGCAACUGCGGCAGAUGGGCGUUGCCGUGCACAGCUUUGCAAGCUACCUGCUCUACGAGCCCGAAACAAUCUCCAUGAGAAGCGGCUUUCAUCAUGGCCACUGGGGAACCCUACUGCCAUUUCUGGGCGCUUGCCGCAAGCUCGGGCCGCCCCGGAAGCCCCUGCCGACACCAAUGCUUCCACCUGGUUCUUGGAGAAGUAAGGACACCCUCACGCAGCCGUUGGAGGAGCUACGCCUCGCCGAGAUCAAACCUGGAAUCAGGGACUGGCGGGCUCCCCUCUGUGAUGCAUGGGACUUUGGUGAGGAUGCUGCCCUCUCCCAGAUGCAUGCCUUUGUGAGUGGCCCUCGCUUGGCAAGCUACGAGAAGCAAAGGAGCCGGGCCGACCUAGAAGAGAAUCCCAACUCACGCUUGUCGCCGUACCUCAGAUGGGGGCAGCUCUCCCCUAACGACCUCUACUGGGCCGUGAAGGCCACGGGCCUGCCCGAAAAGGAUGUGAAGAUCUUUCAGCGCAGGCUGUUCUGGAGAGAGCUGGCGUAUUUCCACUACAUGGUCUUCCCGAGCAUGCGGCGCGAGCCGAUCCGGGCGAAGUACAAGGACAUCAGGUGGAACCAAGAUGCGCAGUUGCUGAAGAAGUGGCAGAAGGGCUCCACCGGGUUCCCUUUGGUCGACGCAGCGAUGCGGGAGCUCUGGCAAACCGGGUGGUGCCAGCAAAACAUGCGCAUGGUAGCAGCAUCUUUCCUUGUGGAGCAUUGCAACAUUGACUGGACUCAUGGUGCUGCCUGGUAUGAGGACACGCUUGUGGAUGCCGACAUUGCCAUCAACAGCAUGAUGUGGCAAAAUGCUGGCCGUUCUGGCAUUGAUCAGUGGAACUUCGUCAUCUCACCAGAAGGUGGGUCGCAGGACCCCUCUGGUGCAUACGUGCGCCGCUGGGUUCCCGAGUUGCAGAAGCUGCCAAGGCGUUUCCUGCACAAGCCCUGGGAGGCACCGGCUGAUGUCUUGAGGGCUGCUGGUGUUGUCCUAGGCGAGACGUACCCCUUGCGGUGCGUGACAGAUCUGAAGGGGGCGCGGCAGAGUUCCUCGGACGCGGUCGUAGACAUGCGCCGUGGAAUUAUGCACAGCCAGUGGAACGAUGCAGAGGGCUAUGACGUCAUCAGCCUCCCAGGAGGCGAGCUUACCAAGGUCUUUACCAGGCUGCCAGGCCCGGGUCACCGAGACCCCGUUAGCUCAGACACUGCUGGCGCGACGGCGGAAGGGCGGUUGCGACUUUGCAGUGGCAACCUCAGUACUCUCAGUGUCGGCUUAGUCUUAGAGUACACAGAGACUCCAGUAGGUCCUGAAGGUGCGUGCCUCCAGCACAUCGACCUGGCAUGCGCGCUACUGCGGCCGGAGCAUGACCUGCUGUUUGUCAUCGACGUGUCUGAUGUGGCCUCAGCCCAAGAGUGGGAAGCAGAAGUGGGCCGGCCAGGACGAGCGAGACGGAUGUUGGAGCGCUGGUUUGCCAAGUUCAACCCUCGAAAGGCCACGGUCAUCGCCUUCGGCAGGGAUGCCGAGCUAUGGGUGCCGCUGGUAAGACUUCACGACGAGCAGCGCGUCUCGAAGAUAAUCGUCCUUGGCGAGCCUCCCUGCCAAAAGUCCGCGGCUCAUCUUGAUGCAGGACAUGUGGAGAUCUGCAGUCUUGGCAAGCCCUCUAGCAUCGAGAUGCUGAUGGAUGCAGUGGGCUCACCACCAUCAGCACUCGACAGGCAUGACCUGUACUUCACAUAUGUGGACUUCGACAUCAACCGUAGAACCAAACAACUCGUCCAGAAUGGGCAGAACAUCUCGCGUUUGGUCGCCGAGGCGUUCGGCGACUCACUCCCCUCUUUGGGCUCCAACGACUCUCAGCGAGAGGGUGCUGGUAAAAACCUGCAGGCAGCAGUCUCUGCAGAACGAUGCCCCAUUCCAGCGGAUGUUGUUGCGCUGCUCAACAAGUCAGGGCAGGACCCGCCGGACCUGACAUCCAGUAUCAAUUCCACGCAGUUCCUUGGUCCAGGCAUGUCUUUCGCCGGCCUUGCCGUCAUCAUCCAGACCUGCUCACAGAACAAGGAUGCCAACGUGUUGCGAGCGCUGCUGACUGAUACGCAUGGAUCGGUGGAGGGCAUCUUCCCACUAAGCAUGACCGACGUACUUGUUCCGGGCAAGACUGUGGCAGUUUCAGGGCGAACGGUUUCGCUCGAAGGUCGCUUGCUGGUCCUUGGCCAACAGGUGACUGCAAUUCGUGGCCUACGGGAGGGCUACAAACCAGCGUCAGAUGGGAGGCGGAAUGUGUCGGAAGUGUCUAGGCGAUUCGGCUGCUUGAUCCUCAGGGGGCGAAAAUGCGUCCUGGCGCGGGAUGCCAACAGGCAGUUGUACAUACCAGCCGAUGAGCCGCGGAAUCAUGAGACGGCACAGCAGGCAGCCACACGAGCGGUGGCAGAAGCCUGCGACAUCUUCCCUGAUGAGUUUGUGUUGCUCGGGGAUGUUCCACCUGCCAUGUACUAUGACAAGGGCGGUCCAGUUGCAAUGGUUGUUACGAUUUUCGCGGCUGUGGCAACCAACCCACCUCCACCAGGAAGUGCUGAAGACGCCGACACCAUCGAAGACCUAGAUGACAUGUACGACUGGUUCCCAUACGAGCAAGCAAUUUCCCGAUUGUCUGAUGCAAAGGAACGCCAUGCCAUCACUCGAUUGGCAACCGGUUUGACCAACCAUCGACCCAGGCUGGACGCCAUGCUGAUUUUCUACGAUUUUGAGCGCAGUGUCCUUCGCACAGCAACCGCGCAAACGUGCGGCUAUUUUAGCAACGUCGCCGCGGCUGUGGAGUUUGGCAUAGUGUCGGCGGACUUCCCAUGCACGUUUGGUGCUGGCACUGCGCUUGGACCAGUCUCACAGAUGCACUCAACGCCAUCAGGAUCAGACUUGGACAUGCCCGACCAGCACUUCUUCGCUUCCAGGGCCAAGAGCCGACGUGGCGGUGGCUUUGGAGGUGCUUGUGCCCAGAAUCUCAGAGGCAUAGGACCCCAGGAGCCAGACUUUCAGCAUCUUUCAGCAACGAAUCCCGUGCUUGGCGUGGCAGGAGGAGCAGCGACUGGGGCUGGGCCUGUCUUCGCCCAGGCCGCCGUCCUCGGGCGCUCCCCAAAGUGCCCUGACGUCCCUGCGGUGAAAGCUGCAGCUGCGACUGCAAUGACCAGAUCCGAAGUGGAUGACGUGCCUCGAGAUUUGGAGGGCAACUUCCUGGCAAAGAAGGAGUGGCAAUAUCCCUUAGAUCAGAGAUCGGGCUGGCUACCGGCUGGCGCACAGGAAAUGGCAGACAAUCACCCCUGGACACGCCGUGCGGUGGAGAAGAACCCGCGCUACGUGCCGCCGGAAGCCCUGUAUUGCUGGACGGAGUCCGACUUUGCCAGCUACAUCAACAGCGGGGGCUUCGUCAAGCCGAAGUUGCGGUGUCAGUACUACCUCUCCCCGGAGAACCCGCAGACCAUCGUGGACUUGCUGGAGCCCAUCCUCAGCGAGCUCAACUGGACAUGCACGGUAGACUCGCACUCCGGCCGGGAAGACAGCUUGGCCCAGGUGACAGAUUACAUGGGCAUGCCGGUGCCACGCCUGAAGAAGCAGGAUGAUGGCAGCCUGGAGGUACUCAAGCCGAGCGAAGAGGUCGCCCCAGUAUUCAUCUGGGAAUCGAGCAGGAACAUGAUCGACCAUGGGCCCACGCUCAAGUACCGGGGGCUGGUGAAUCGGCUCAGCGGCGUCGGCAUGUACACCAAGGUGGGCAUGCUGGAGCUCAUCCGAGAACGAUGCAUCGAGCGCGACAUCCCCAUCAAUUUUCCGCCACCUUGGUAUCCGCUGACCUUCGCCCUGCCGGAUGAUUUGGAGCAGUGGAAGAGGCAUGCGGAGGCGAACCCGCACAAGAAGUGGAUCUACAAGCCAAGCUGCGAGGCAAUGGGCCGAGGCAUCAUUUUGGUGAACAAGAUCUCUGACGUGGACUCCAAGGAGAAGCCGUUUCGAACCAGAUGCAAGAACGUUGAGGUGUUUGAUCCGAAUGAACCUCCUCUCAAGGAGAGACACUUCGCCAAUGUCGGCAUCAUCCAGGAAUCGGAAGUUUGCGAUCCGGGUCUACUUGCUGGUGGCUCGUUCCAUUACAAUUUUGCCUACGUCAAGCGUCUUGCGCUCGGUCUUCUCAGUAUGACUGAGCGCAGCAGCAGUGGCACUUGUCGAACUGGUCCAGGCUGUGCCGAGUUUUACGACGAAAACAAGUUCAACCGCGAAGACUUGUUCCGACACGUCACAGAGCAGGAGUUUCAGAAGAAGCAAGAUGACUUCGGCGGCUCGGCGGCCUCAAACCUGAUCUCCAUCGAGGAACUGGACAAGUAUCUGAAGGAGAACUAUGGUAUUCCUGCUUUCCGGCUCAACUUCUGGCAGCAAGUCAAAGCCAUCUGCAUGGAGGUCAAUCUCGGCAUGAAGGAGGGCAUCGCAGAAAAGGCGAAGGUCGGUCAGUUUGAGAUCUUUGGCUUGGACAUCAUCGUUGAUGCCGACCAGCGGGUGUACCUGCUGGAGGCAAACAGAGAUCCCUCCUGGGUCAUAGACGUGCAGGUGAAGAAGGCCAUAAUCCCCGACAUGGUCCGAGAGAUGAUGGAGCUUGUAUUAUGGGCCCACAGCGACGAAGGAAAGAACAAGGAAGCCAUGCUUCACUCUCCGAUGCGCGGGUUCGAGGUGCUCAUCGACGAGGCAUUCGAUUUCCAGGCCGUCGAUGUCGAAUGA